GUUCGACAUUCACGGCUAUCCAACGUCUCAUUUCUAGAUCCUCUCUUGUACCCGUCGUCUUGUCCGCAUUUGCUGUCAUCGUGGCGCAUUCUCUUCCAUUGAACAUGGUGCUGAAUGUGUUUCGCAAGACCGAAGCUGACGUGAGCGACGAGGCCAAGGCGUUCAUCAACUCGCUACCAUCGACCUUCAUGAACCUAUUCCGCAAGAAGCGCAACUUGAUUCCUGUGUGGAGCUCCAGCAAGUACUGCGUCAUGAUCAAAGCCACGUUCCUGGUUUACUACCGCGCGUCCAAGGAACCACACCAACCUGCAACCAGCACGAAUGGCCAGGCGAGUGACGAUCGCCAUUACAAGUUUAUCAACCUCCGCCACUGUCACAUCAAAAUCGUCGACGACGAUAACCUCGGCAAUGUGUUUGUGAUUACGCCCGAGCAAGGCCGGGGCAGCGUCACGUUUGCUGCUGACAGCGAGAAGGACCGCGCCAAGUUCAUCACGCACGCUAACAACGUGCAGCGUGACGUGCCACGUCCGACAGACUUUCAAACGCUAAAGUUGAUUGGCAAGGGUCACUAUGGGCGUGUGAUUCUCGCAAAAGACAACCACAACCAGUUGUUUGCGAUCAAGGAAAUGAAGGCCGGGCAAGUGAAACACAAAGUCAUCCACACUGAACGCAUGGUCAUGGAGUGGGUGGGCGACCACCCGUUUGUGCUGGGCCUUGACUACGCCUUUUCUAGUGGCCGGUCGUUGUAUUUAAUCUCCAAGUUCAUGCCAGGAGGCGACCUCUUCCUGCACAUGCAGAACCACGGCGGAUCGUUCCCUGAAGCCGUCGUCAAGUUCUAUGCAUCGGAAAUCGUGGUCGCGCUAGCCCAUUUGCACACCAUGCACAUCUUGCAUAGAGACAUCAAGCCGGAAAACGUGCUACUGGACGUGGAUGGGCAUAUCAAGCUGGCCGACAUGGGCCUGUCGAAACGGUUAGAGUCCAAGCACUCCCGCACCAAGACCAUGUGCGGCACGGAUGCGUACCUACCGCCCGAGAUGGUGAGUCGGACGCUGCAGGGCCAUGGCCUGCAAGUCGACAUGUGGCAGCUCGGGUGUCUUCUGUAUGAGCUUCGGUCGGGAUACCCGCCGUUCUACUUGCCCCAAUCCAAACAGAAGCACACCCACCAACGCAUCUUGUUCCAAAGCCCAAAGUUCACAUCCACCAUGACGCCCGAGUUUCUGGACUUGCUCACGACGUUGCUCGAGAAAGACCCAUCCCGCCGACUCGGUCAUUUGAACGGCAUCGCCGACGUCAAGGACCACGCGUGGUUCCGCGGCACCAACUGGGACAGUGUACGAAAGAAGGAGCUCGUGCCGCCGAUUCUGCCCAAACCCGCGGGCGACGACUGGGUCAACAACUUUGACCCGCAGUUCACGGAGCAGCCACAUGCAUUGGACGACGAAAAGCUCCACGAGGGGGCGCUGAACUUGGCAAAGGAAUUCGCUGGUUUUGACUACGUUCGGCAAACCUUGCGGCCGUCCACCACACCCACCCUGCAGAACCGCGAGCCCGCGAUCGAUCACUCGUCCACUACGACCCUGGAACCACAUAUGGUGUCGUUGCAAUUAUAACUUAAUUCAUUCGAUGAAAAAUGGAAUA